GAACAGUGACAUGCGGUGCCUAGGGUUAUGGACCACGAUUGAACUCUGAACGGAAUAUAAUGGAGAAGCGAAAAAACAUUGCUUUGUGACUGAAGGAUUAAGCAAGAACCAAAAUGUUGAAGGCGAGAUUGGUACUCAGCGGACACUUCGGUCCAGUGUGUGAAGUAUGCUUGAAAAAAGCCACAGAGAAAGCAGUAUAUGAUGGAAGUGUCAGAAAUGCUCAGCGAAGCUUGGCUGUUAUACCACGAUAUUACACGAUGGGUCAUCACUCACAGCAGCAGCAGCUGGGAAUGGAACUACAGCCUAACAUUUUGAAUAUUUCUAGAUACCCAAUGACUGGGCUAACAAUAAGACAGUUACAUUCAAGGAUUCCUUAUUCCGGAAAUAUCAAUUUUCUUAUCCCCAGAUCUGGGUUAGCUCAGAUUGGAGCAGGGGCAAGUACUCGGAGUGCUGGAACUGUAGCACGAGUCAUCACCAGUGUGGGUCGGUUCCUCAAGGUCCGAUAUCUCAUGCUAGUUGGUGCUGUAGGAGGAGGGGCUUUGAUUAGUCAGAAACUUGAUUCUUAUAAAGAAAUGUUUCCUGAUGUGGCCUGGACAAAAGAUUAUUUACCCGAUUCGGAAAAAAUUGACAAGUUUAUGCAGUCUUUAAAAGAAAAAAGAAAAUCUCUAGCUCUUCCAGAAAAGGGUUGGAUGAAAAACAAAGUUGAAAACUUGAAGAAAAAACAAGAGCAAUGGGUUAACAACAGGUCUAAAAUGGAUCUGUCGUCUGUACUUUCUGAGGGUGUACCACAAAUGCAAACAGGUGCUUUCCACCUAAUGGGAUCGUCAGUGCCAGAUACAUCCACAAAAAAGGGAGUACUGCCUUUAAUUGGAAUGAGUGAUAAAGGUGGUGGUAUAGAGGAGAAGAAACAGACUAAGGACCAGCAGAAGAGACUGGAGGAAACUCGAGAUGAGAUGAUACAGAUACAGAUUCGUUACCAAAAGGAAAUUGAUCGGCUAGAGAAGGAAAAUAAGGACCUCAAGAGAAAUCUACUGCUGAAGGAAAGCAAGGGUGGACGGAAGAGAGUGAUGAAAAAAUCCCUUAUAGAUAUGUAUUCUGAAGUACUUGAUGAACUGGCUGUGUAUGACUCCAGCUAUAACACACAGGACAACCUGCCCAGGGUGGUGGUUGUCGGUGACCAGAGCUCUGGUAAGACCAGUGUGUUGGAAAUGAUUGCCAGAGCCAGGAUAUUUCCAAGGGGGUCUGGGGAGAUGAUGACAAGGUCACCGGUGAAGGUCACACUCAGUGAAGGUCCAUACCAUAUAGCACAGUUCAAGGACAGCACCAGAGAGUUUGAUCUCACUAAGGAAUCUGAGCUGGCAGCUCUGAGGAAGGAAGUGGAGCUGAGGAUGAAGGCGAGUGUACAAGAGGGACAGACAGUCAGUCCUGAGUGUAUAGCCAUGACAGUGAAGGGACCUGGUCUACCCAGGAUGGUACUUGUGGAUCUACCUGGUAUCAUUUCUACUGUGACAACUCAGAUGGCACCCGAUACAAAAGAUUCUAUCAAACAUCUAGUCAGAAGUUACAUGGAAAACCCAAACUCAAUUGUCCUCUGUAUCCAAGAUGGCUCUUUAGAUGCUGAGAGAAGUAAUGUGACUGACCUGGUCAGUCAGAUGGACCCUAGUGGCCGGAGAACCAUAUUUGUACUGACCAAAGUUGAUUUAGCAGAAAGUAACCUGUACAACCCUGAUCGUAUCAAAUCCAUUUUAGAAGGCCGACUAUUUCCAAUGAAAGCCUUAGGGUACUUUGCUGUGGUUACUGGAAGAGGCAACCAAAAUGACAGUAUACAGACAAUCAAAGACUACGAGGAAAACUUUUUUAGGAACUCCAGGUUAUUCAAGGAGGGUGUGUUAAAACCAACACAGAUGAAUACUCAGAACAUGAGUAUGGCUGUGUCAGAACUCUUCUGGAAAAUGGUGAAGGAAUCUGUGGAGCAACAGGCUGAUGCCUUCAAAGCUACAAGAUUUAAUCUUGAAACAGAAUGGAAAAAUACAUUCCCACGCAUUAGGGAGCUUGACAGAGAUGAACUGUUUGAUAAAGCACGAGGUGAGAUCCUGGACGAAAUCAUCAAUCUCAGUCAGGUCACACCCAAGGAAUGGGAGGAUGCAUUCGCUCAACGUCUGUGGGAAAAGGCAUCAACACACUUCUUUGAGAAUAUCUACCUUCCUGCUGCACAGUCACAAAACUCUGGGACUUUCAAUACAACUGUAGACAUUCGACUUAAACAAUGGGCGGACUCCGUACUGCCACGUAAAUGUGUAGAGGUAGGUUGGGACACAUUACAUGACGAGUUCCUGAAGUUUGUGGAGCGGGAUAAGAAAAGUAAGUCCCAUGAAGAGCUGUUUGACAAGCUGAAGCAGACAGUGAUAGAGACAAGCAAGUCCAAACACAUGUGGGACAGCAAGGCAGAGGAUAGUCUGCGUGUGAUCCAGGUAAACACUUUAGAGGAUAGGUCUGUGUCAGACAAACAGCAGUGGGACAAUGCUAUACGCUUCAUGGAGGAAUCCAUACGUUCUCGCCUGGACCAAACUGAGGCUAAACUCAAAGAGAUGACUGGUCCAGGCAAGCGGGAACAAUGGCUCCAUUGGAAACACCGAACUGCAGAUCAUAAAAACCGAGUAGCAACUAAGGAGGAACUACAGAAAAUUCUCAUCUCUGACAAGACUCAUAAAUCUGUAAUAGCCCCAGAUGAGCUGACGACUGUGAGGAGAAAUCUUCAGACACAAGGUGUUGAUGUGGACAAUGAAUUUAUCAAGGAGACUUGGUACCAUGUAUAUAGAGAAUCUUUUAUGAGGAAGGCUCUAUCCCAGGCCCAGGACUGUCGUAAAGGAUUCUACCACUACCAGAAGGGAUUCCAAGAUUCAGGGUUGGAAUGCCAUGAUGUAGUGUUAUUCUGGAGACUACAGAGGAUGUUACAGGUUACUAGUAAUGCUCUACGCCAACAGGUCAUGAACAAUGAAGCACGACGACUAGAAAGGAUCAUUAAAGACGUCCUCGACGACUUUGUAGACAACAAGGAAGUACUGAGCAAGUUGUUGACAGGUCGACGGGUCCAGCUGGCUGAGGAGCUAAAAAAAGUUCGACAGAUUCAAGAAAAAUUAGAAGAAUUUAUUAAUGCUCUCAACAAGGAGAAAUGAUGAAUCAGGAUGCUUUGUUUAGCAUAUGUAUGAUGUAUCUCAGCUAUAAGUGUUGUGAACUCAUCAGACUGUGUGCAUGGUAUAAUUUGGUGCAGGUCCAGGACGCAAGCUUAACAUGGAUUUUGUGAAAGUUUCUUAUUAUCUUAAAUAACAACACUCGACAGAUUCCAGUUAUUUGUGGCUUAUGUGAAUGUUUAUGUAAGAAAUGGUGGUCGUCUAUAGGAGCUGUUGGCAAUAAGUUUAUUUACUGAUCGUCAACAAUCUGAUGUAUUUUCAACAACAACCAAUAGGUGUAGUGUAUUGGAGUGUUUAAGUAGUGGCAUAAUAUUCUUGUCAUUUUAAUCCAAAUAUUGCAACAAAUUACUGGUUAAACGACUGUUUACAAUAUACAAAUCAAAAUUCUUUAUACUGGGAUUUCUUCUUUAUUCAUAAAUAAUCUAGUUAAACAAUUAUAACCAAGUUAUUAAUUAAUUUAUCAAAUCCGUACCCAAUACAUUGAAGUGCUUCUUUUCCAUUACAAAAUAUAUCAAGAUGCAGUUAAAGAAUCUGUCUUCCCUUCCCAGCAAGUCAAUAUAUAAAAAGACAGACUUCGUUUCUCUAUACAAAAUUGAUGUAGAGAUAUUCACUGUUAUAGUAAUUUCAUGGUUAUUCUUUGUUUAAAUUUGCUUUAUGUAUCAUCAAGUGUAAACAAAGGGAGGUAAAUCUUCCGUUAUUUGAAUUUUAUCUUGAGAAUGGUUUAACUGCUAUGUCUGGGAAUACACUUAAUCAUUCUUUUUGUCCAUGGAGUUGACAUAAGUCAUUUUAGUUGCAGAAUUUUAACUCUUUGUUGGUUAUAUAUUUUGUUAUUCCAUUUUAAUUUAUACCAUAUAAGAAAUAAUAUAAUUUUCAUUUAUUACUAUGGUUACUAAAUCUAUUGAUAUAUUUUCCAUUCAACAAUCCAAAUACAGAAAUGAAAUUAUCAGUAUGGAUGGUGUAUUUCAUGUUGAAUAAAUCUGAACAUAUGAAGUCAAUUAUAAAAUGCGUCAAAAUAUUCUUUGUUUGAUAAUCAUACAUUGAAUUUGGUUUUUGUAGUUUUUACAAGAAUACUUAACCUCAUAUGCAUUUUCUUACAUAAUUACAAAACUGUAUGAUAUACCAUGGAAUUGUUUGGUGUUUCAAUAUUGGUAAAUCAUCUUGCUUGUUUGCUGUUUGUCCUUUAUUGGCAAUCGUUUUUAGUGAAACGUUUGGAUUCAGUGACCAACAUGGUCUAUCGGCUUCAGUGAUAAGAAAUUGAAGAUAAUUUUGUCACAACUUGUUCAAUUCUCUUGGGUGUUUGUGAAUUUCACGUACUUUAUAGCUUACAAUUGAAGUUUAGAAUAUAAUAUUGGAAUACAUGUACCUUGUAUUAAAUCAGUUCAUUAUUUACAUGGAAUAUGAAAUUCAACUGAAUCAGUGUCUGAAUGUCUGUGAUUGUGAGAAGUAUGAAAUUGAAACUGGUAUUAUACUAUGUGUGAUGGUAGAAUCUACACUCUCAACAACUUUUCUUAAUGUGAUGUAUUUCAGUGACUAUCUGAUGUAAAACUACGAUAAAAUAUCAUUUGAUAAAUCGGAAAAAGUUA